CAGAAUCCCAAAAUUUUCUUGAUCUAAGAUAUUUGAGUGCUGAUCCAGUCAAGAAGCAGGGUUAUGGGAAAUACCACGAGCAUCGCCACCGGGCGGGACUGCUUGGUCAAUGCCGUCGGGGGUAAUCAAGCCCUCGUCGCAUUUCAAGACCAGCUCCUUUAUCAGACCACCGCAGUCGAGGCAUACAAUCUCAAUAUCCCGGUGUCUCCGGCAGCGGUCACAUUUCCCGAGACCUCGGAGCAGAUAGCGGCAGUUGUCAAGUGCGCAUCGGAACACGACUACAAGGUGCAAGCUCGCAGUGGGGGUCACAGCUUUGGUAAUUAUGGCCUUGGAGGAACAAAUGGCGCCAUUGUGGUCGACAUGAAGAAAUUCGACCAAUUUUCCAUGGACGAGUCGAGCUACGUCGCAACCAUCGGCCCCGGCACUACCCUAGGCGACGUCGACACCGAACUUUACAACUCAGGAGGCCGGGCAAUGGCUCACGGUAUCUGUCCAACAAUCCGCACUGGUGGCCAUCUCACUGUGGGUGGUUUAGGACCUACAGCACGCCAAUGGGGUCUUGCGCUCGACCACAUUGAAGAAAUUGAGGUUGUUUUGGCAAACUCAAGUAUCGUCCGUGCAUCCCACACCCAGAACCAGGAUAUCUUGUUCGCCGUUAAAGGUGCUUCUGCUAGUUUCGGUAUUGUGACUGAGUUCAAGAUCCGUACGGAGCCGGCGCCGGGUUUGGCGGUUCAGUAUUCGUACACAUUCAAUCCGGGUAGUGCUGCCAGCAAGGCGAAGCUAGUCAAGGACUGGCAAGCGUUUAUUGCCCAAGAAAACCUGACUUGGAAGUUCUAUUCCAACAUGAACAUUAUCAACGGCGACAUCAUUCUCGAGGGUAUCUUCUUCGGCAGUAAGGAGGAAUUCGAUGCCCUCGAUCUGGAGAACCGGUUUCCCCCCAAGAACCCAGGAAAUAUCCUCGUCUUGACCGAUUGGCUCGGAAUGAUCAGCCACAGUCUCGAAGACAUAAUCCUCAAAGUCGCCGGCGGUCUUCCCACUUAUUUUUAUGCGAAGUCCCUCGGCUUUACUCCUCAAGCACUUAUUCCUUUAUCCGCAAUCAAUGGCCUUUUCGACUACAUUGAAAAAAAUAAACCCGACACUCUGGCCUGGUUCAUCACGCUCAGUCUCGAAGGCGGUGCUGUCAACAAUGUCCCUGCCGAUGCCACUGCAUACGGCCACCGCGAUGUGCUUCAUUGGGUACAGAUAUUUGCCGCAAACCCUCUGGGACCUAUCUCGCAGACCACAUAUAAUUUCAUCGAUGGCCUUUACAAUAUUCUGGCAAAUGCGGUGCCGGAGAGUGCUGAGCAUGCUUAUCUGGGUUGCCCGGAUCCGCGAAUGAAGGAUGCUCAGAAAGCAUACUGGAGAAAUAAUCUACCGAGGUUGGAGGAGCUUAAGGCGGAGUUAGAUCCGAAGGAUACCUUCCAUAAUCCGCAGGGAGUGGCUGUUGCAUAAAUCAUUAAUGAAUCAAUAAUCUAUUACGAUAGUUAUGUAAUAGAUGGUGGCGCCUGUUGAUAUCCAUGCCCUAUGGGAUAGACGCUGGUAAUGGAGCAGCUAAUACAGGAAGUCCCUACUUGAUACAUAAUCGAAAAACCUUGAGAGUUGUCAACUUGAAUCCCCGAAACCAUCUGAAAUCGGGAUGUGAAUAGCAAGGGUAUUAGUUUAAAUAUCAUGCAGGAUUGGAUAAUGUGAUCCGAUACCAGUGACAACAAUCCUUGUUCUGUCAGAAAAGUCAUUACAACUUGGUUAAUUUUGAAGUAGAAAACUAAAUAAGC